AUGGCGCAAAAGAGGGAGAAAGAAGAAACGGAACUCAAAGUUCCCGAAAACUUACCACUAUGCACCCCGCCGCCGAUUUUAGGUACCGACAACGACAAGCAAACGGCGUCGUUUACCAAUUCCUCGAGGUCGCCGGAGAGUUCAGAUCCGAAACUUUCCUGCGACGAUGAUUCGAGAACCAGCUUAGCAACAUCGCUGGAGAGAACCGAUCUGGAAUCUGUUGCACGAAAAGUAGUUAAAGAAGUGGAGAAUCGCGUAGGAUUAAAGAGAUCAAGAGAAGUAACGCGGUGUUCCGGGACCGGAUGCAGGAAGAAAAUCGGAUUAAUCGGAUUUCGAUGCCGAUGUGGAGAAGUUUUCUGUUCGGAGCACAGGUAUUCCGAUCGUCACGAUUGUAGCUACGAUUACAAAUCUGCUGGCCGGGAAGCCAUAGCUAGGGAAAAUCCGGUGGUUAGAGCCGCGAAAAUCCUCAAGGUUUGA